AUGACAGUCCACAACUCGAACGGCCACACCAACGGCGGCGGCAGCAACACGGCCCUCCACGUCGUCAUCGUCGGCGCCGGCCUCGGCGGACUCUCUGCCGCCAUCUCCUGCUCGCUAGCGGGACAUAAGGUGACCGUCCUCGAACAGGCAGCCAAACUCGGCGAGGUCGGCGCUGGCAUCCAGCUCACGCCCAACGUCACGCGCCUUCUCCGCAGCUGGGGCGUGUACGACGAGCUGCGUGCCUCAGCUGUCGAGCCACAUAACAUCUGGUUCCGGCGCUGGCAGACAGGCGAGGCCAUCGGAGUCACACACCUCGUACCCAACUUUGCAGCCGACUUUGGUGCACCGUACUGGGUUGUGCACCGCGCCCACCUGCACGAGGCGCUUGUCGAGCGGGCGCAUGCGCUGGGCGCGACAAUCCAUGUCAAGUCGCGCAUUGAGAGUAUUGACUUUGACGUGCCGUCCGUCACGACCACGAGUGGACUUGUUGUGUAUGGCGACCUGAUUCUUGGCUGCGACGGUCUCAAGAGCGUUACCCGCCGCUUCUUUCUGAACGGCAACGACUCGGGACCGAAGGAGACUCAGUUCUGCGCUUACCGCUCCACGGUGCCCAUGGACGCCUUGCUUGGCGACCCAGAGCUGCGACCGCUCGUCGAGAAACCCGACCUCCAUCUCUGGAUCGGCCCCGAGCGACAUGUCAUGAGCUACCCUAUCAGCGGCGGCAAGACUUUUAACAUGGUGCUGAGCCACCCGCACGAGGGCCCAAUCGACCCGACUGCGACACAAGAACAGCUCAUCGGUGAGAUGCGCAACAACUACGAGGGUUGGGACCCCAAGCUCACAAAGAUCAUCAGCCUCAUCGACAAGACCAACAAGUGGAAGCUUAUGGGGUAUGAGCGUCUCAAGAGCUGGGUGCACCCCAAAGGAACAUAUGUCAUCCUCGGCGAUGCGUGCCAUGCAAUGCUGCCGUAUAUGUCUCAAGGAGCGGCGAUGGCCAUGGAGGAUGCAGCGGCGCUCGGCCGUGUCCUCGCCCGUGCCAGUAGCCCCAAGGACUUGCCGACCCUCACCAAACUGUUCGCCGAGAUUCGGAUGGACCGCGCAUACGAGGUACAGGCGCGCAGUGCGCUGAACGGGCGUAUUUGGCAUUAUCCCGACGGCGAGGACCAAGUCGCCCGCGAUGCGGGCAUGGCGGCGACACUCACAGGAGAGCACUAUAUCCGGAGUACGAACCAGUGGAGCGACCCAUCUACGCAGCUCUGGCUGUACAACCACGACGCGGAGGGACAUACCGACCUGUUCCUCGACACGCAUCUGGGCACAAAGGGCGGGACCAAGUCGGGCGUGCGGGAGAUGCGCGAGAAGGGACUGCUGGCGUAG